AUGGUAACCUACAUUGGGUACUUCUUCUUCAUCAGUGAAGCUAUGUGUCGCAUGGGCUCGCCAACUUGUUGCGCAACCGAAACAAUUCAGAAAACUAUCAUGGGAGACAUUUCUUCUAAGCAACCAACCUCCAUCGUUAAACAUAUUCGGUUUCUCGUACACAGCUACAUCUGCAAGGCAUUUCCUAACAGGGACAAGAAGAUAUGGUUACUGGUAGCUGUAGUCUCAACGUUCGGAAACUUCAAGAGACGCAAAGUCAUCAAAGAGACAUGGGGAUCCGCCUUACAAGACAAUGCCCCAGGACACGUGUGCCUCAUAUUCGUUGUCGGGAAACAAAACCAAAGCAAUCUUUCACACCGGAAACAAUUCCUGAACGAAAUACACCAUUACGGGGACGUUACACAAAUCAAUAAAGAUGAGACAUAUCUAAAUCUUGUUCAUAAGAGUAUAGGUAUUUUGAAGUGGGCCAACUUCUUUGUACCAAGCGUGAAAUUCAUCCUCAAAAUCGAUGAUGACGUUGUAUUAAAUCCAUCAAACCUGUACUAUAGACUGUUAAUGCAUAGUUACCAAUCUAGAUUCAUCAUGGGAUACGUCGGAAGAGGAGCAACUCCACAAAGGGUGAAAACUAAAGAGAAUUAUCUGCCAUAUAAUUACUAUUCCGGAAAUGUGCUCCCUAACUACAUCUUCGGGCCUUCCUACGUCAUAUCCGGUGACCUUAUCCGUGACCUCUUGACCGUCAUUCCCAAGAUUCCCUUGUUACACAUAGAAGAUAUAUUCAUCACAGCCAUAUCUGCUUCGUAUACAGAAGCUGUUCACAUUGGAAGAUGUGGCUUCAUCUAUCCUAAAAGCCAGAAUGUUGAAGAGUUUCGAUGGGGAACAUCGUUCGUCUCUUCACACAGCUACCAAUCAGCCGAGUUAUCUUCGGUCUGGAAAUAUGCCCGAAUACAAUCACAUCACCUGAGCUAUUCUGCCCUGUUUCUUCAGCAACUGUGA